AUGACUACCGUGUCUUUCGCGGACACGCGCUGCGUAGACUCGGCGAGAAGGGAAGCGGCCAAGCGCCGGGCAAAGGGAGCAGACCUACGGGUGCAGCAAAGGCAAAGGGAGCAGGAGGCGGAAAACGGAUGCAGCGGCAAAGGCAACAGCAAGACGAAGGACAAGCAGGAAUGCCCUGUCACCUCCAAACCCUUCGAUGCCGACAAGGACGUGAUCCCCCUGGCUCCGGAUGGUGAGGAGCUCGCCAAGCUUCGGGAGCGGCUGCCCGCGAAGAAGCGGAAAGCGCAGGCAGCAGAGGUGGCAGCUCCGGAAGUGGAGGAGGAGGAGGACUUCGAAGCCAUCGAGAAGGCAAAGGCUCAGAAGAAGGCCAAAGCGGCACAGGAUCCAGCCCAAGAGAGCGAAGUCUACAAGAACCUCUUCACCAAGGAAAGAGAGGGCCUGUCAGGUGUGCGAGAUGCCUUCGGUACACCGAUCUACAACCGCGGGUCACGAUGCAUAUGA